UUUUGUGAAUCUAAUACAAAUAAACUUGAUCAAGAAAAUAUUCAUACUUUGAUUCAAUAUGAUUCAGCUUUAUCAGAGCUUUAUAAUAAUAUUUUAGAUAAUAAUAAAUCAGACGAAUUAAGCAAUACAAUUAAUUAUUUAGAAUUAACCUCUGGACUUACCUUUCAUACUUGGAAAGAAUUUAAAACUUGGAUUCAUAAUUUUGUAUUAAAAAAGGGUUUAAUUACAAAAUCAGAUCAAGUAAAACAAUUGAAGAAGUAA